AUGGCAAGGAACACAAGGAGCUAAAUCAGAGAGUGUGAGUGAGUCUGUUAGUGGCUGAGAGACAAAUUCACUGAAAAUUGAGAGAAAAAAAGUCAAGUUUCCUGUGUGAGAGCUUUGCGUUGCUGUUGAUUCUCUUCUUCGUCUCAAUUUUCUACUUCCCCCCUCUGAAACAUCCCGCUUCUCUGAAUCCCUUUCUGUUAAUCAUCUGUCUUUCAAGCAACAAUUUUUUGGGUUUGUUUUGAAAACAAGAAAAUUGAAUCAAAACCAAACUUAGGAAGCUAUUUUUUGAAAGCCGGGUGUUUUCAGAAUCGAGAUCCAGGAAUUUAUUUUUCUUUUCUUUCUGUUUCUCUUCAAUUUUCUUGCAGCUUGGAGGGUGAUUUUUAGUCCCUCAAAGUUGGGUUUCUAAGUAGAAGGGGUUGGCUAUUUUAAAACCUCUUUUGCAUUAAUUUUCUUUGAAACUGAGACCUGUUCUUUACUUUUGAAUAGAAACAGGUUAAUUUUUCUUUAUUUUGAUUUUCUUGCUGUGAAAUAUUUUGUGUUUAUAGUGUUUGAGGCAUGGCAUGUGCAAUGGAUUUUUACAGUAGCAGACCUCCUCUUCAAGCAGAUCCAUUUGGGGGUGAGUUAAUGGAAGCACUUGAACCUUUUAUGCAUAAAACUGCUUCUUCAACAACCGACUCAACCACCCAAUAUCUUUCUCCUUCUGUUCCUUCUUCUUCUUCUUCCUUCAAUUAUCUUUCUUCAUCUCCUUCGCCUUCUUCACAAUCAUCUUCUUUGUAUCCUGAUGGUUGCUCAACUUCGAUGACCCACCAGUUUUCAAAUGGGUUCUCGAUCUUUGACCAAUCCGGUCUGGAGCAACCCGUCUCUAUUGGUCUGAACCACCUAACUCCCUCCCAGAUCCACCAGAUCCAGACACAAAUCGACCUCCAGAACCAGCCCUUGACUUUCCAGAACCACCAGACUGGUCAUAGCAGUCUCAAUUUUCUCCAUCCGAAACCGAUCCCCAUGAAGCAAGUGGGUACACCACCGAAACCCACCAAGCUCUACCGAGGAGUCAGGCAGCGGCAUUGGGGCAAAUGGGUGGCCGAGAUCCGGCUACCCAAGAACCGAACCCGGCUCUGGCUCGGCACCUUUGACACCGCUGAGGAGGCAGCUUUAGCGUACGACAAGGCAGCCUACAUGCUCCGCGGCGACUUUGCCAGACUCAACUUCCCCAAUCUCCGCCACAACGGAUCCCACAUAGGCGGCGAGUUCGGCGAGUACAAGCCUCUCCAUUCCUCAGUUGAUGCGAAACUACAAGCCAUUUGUGAAUCUCUGGCUGAGACGCAAAAACAGGGGAAGGGAGAAAAGCAAGGUACUUCCGCCAGGAAACGAGGCCAGGUGGGCCCCAAAGUGGCGCGGCAGGAGGCUGAGUUGCAGGCUGCGGUUGUUCCAGACGCGGCGGUCUUGAACAAGGUUGAAAGCACCGGGUCUCUGGUGGUUACAGAAAGUGAUGGUUCAGGAGGAUCGUCUCCUCUGUCGGAUCUGACCUUUCCAGAGGUGGACGAGGCUCCUUGGGGCAUUGCUCCGGAGAAUUUCAAUCUGGAGAAGUACCCUUCAUAUGAGAUCGAUUGGUCCUCUAUUUUGAAUUGAAUUUGUUGUAAUCAUCCACUUUGUUAGUGUCGAUUAUGCAUGGUAGGGAUUUUAGGGGUUACUGUAACAGAGUUUUUGGCAGUUGCAGGGCUCGAAUUUUGGUCAGCUAAGGCCUUUUUCUCUUGCUGGCCAUGAAGAGAUGGUUUAUGUUCAUUAUCCUUCAUAUUAAUGUAAUCAUUUAGUAUUCCAUCAUGUAAUCAUCUAUUAAGCAUAUUGUUUAUAAAUCAAAUCUAGUUUCCAAUAUUUAUGUAGA